CCGUUUUGUGGGCGGGUCUUAUUUACGAGGCCCACCUUCGACAGUGUCUUCUCACCAUCAUCUUUGUUGUCGGAGAAGUGUCAAAAGAUGGUGCUAACUGUUUUAAUGACGGUGUCCUCUGUCUAAUUUUAAUAAAUGCAGACGAGGCUGCCGGCUUGGCGACAUACAUACACAGUCAACGGGGCUACCGCGCAUGCGCAUCACUACUAUGGCAUGCUGGGUAGUGUAGUUUUUAUGGCCCUUAGCGCAUUACGUCACAAUAACAUUCAGACUUUACGUCAAUCAAUAACGGAGCAGCGUCUCAUCUGUGGUUCACUAGUUCAACAGCAACGCCGGAAAUGUGUCCCGUGAAAAACCCUCCGACCGGAAGUCUAAUAACUAAGUUCUGUGGGUGAAUUAUGCAAACUCACGACACUAGUAUGUUUUAGCGCUUCCAUAGCGAGAUAUAAGUUAGAACUUUACAGUACUUUAUAUUAGAAAUGGCAACAACGGAGGGUGAAUGUUUCAUAAAAAGAAGACAGGGGGAAAAAAAGAGAGGUUAUCGACGACGGCGUCUGCACGGACUAAAAAUGGCGGACGCGCGCUAAUUUUCAGGAAUUAGACAGAUCCCAAAUACACACCAGUAGGUACUUAAAGCUUUAAGCGUCGUAAAGAGCUUGGGAGCGAAUUGUGACUUGAAUUCCCUGGGAGGAACAACUGGUCCAAAACGCAACAAUUUGGGGGCCUCGUCCGGGCGACACGCUGAGAAUUGGACACCUCUUACACUCUUCUGGACAGACUCACUAGUGGCCAAACAAAAACAAGGUAAGCAGAGCCUUUUUCUAAAAUCUGCUUUAGGAGUCUGUCUUGAAAUAUGUAAGUCAAACACUGUUUGUACCCCAGACACAGAGUAGGUGUUUUGUACGAGACGGGGAUGUGAGAGUGGACAUUUUGAUGGAUUGAUUGCAUUUCUCCCUUGUCCGCCAUUACAUAAAAAGCUGUAAAUAAGUGGUCAUCUCGCGUCAUUGUGUCUCGACUACCGUGACGGGCAGUUUUAUUGAAGAAUAAACUAAUAGUUGGGUGUAGCUCACCCUGGGUCAUUGGUCGUCGCCUAAACGAGUAAGGGUUUCCAGACCCUUCGUCUGGGACGAAAAAUUCUGAGGUAAGGGUUUCCAGACCCUUCGUCUGGGACGAAAAAUUCUGAGGUAAGGGUUUCCAGACCCUUCGUCUGGGACGAAAAAUUCUGAGGUAAGGGUUUCCAGACCCUUCGUCUGGGACGAAAAAUUCUGAGGUAAGGGGUUCCAGACCCUUCGUCUGGGACGAAAAAUUCUGAGGUAAAAGACACAAUGGCUACGGAGUGUGACAGACAGGAAUGUGAUGGCGGGGGGGGAAAGUGUGAUGAAUGUACUGUUGUCAACAAUGAAAUUGGCAGGUAGAGUUUAAAAAGAAAAAAGAAAAAGAAAAAAGGAGAACGUUUCAUGAAAGGGUUAAGAGGUAGUUUACAACACUCGAAAAGUCGUGAACUCAAACGUUUGGUAAAUAAAGAAAAGUAACUGGAAGUUUUAUGGUAAAGUGAAACGCAGAGAAAGAGCUUUCGUGCAGCUUUUUCCUUGUGUGUGUGUGUUGCUGGUUGCGUGGGAGAGUGUGUGUGUGCGUGCUUGUCUGUGUGUGUGCGCGUGCUUGUGUGUGUGUGUUGCUAUUGGUGACGGUGUAGUCCGCGGGGAGAGACGUAGGGGGGGAACAAGAUAAAUUAGAUAAGGAUAUGGCUCGAGCACAGGGUGAGAAACCUAACGGUUUAAAAUAAGGCUUACAGAACUUAUGUGCUCGAGAAUUUAAGAGUUUGACGGAAGAGAAAAGAAAGUUAGAGAAGAGUAAGAUAAAAUGGACGGGCUGUCGCACGUGCACGAGACUAUUCAAACGACCCGCCCAGACUUUGACUAAGCCAACGCCCCCUACUCAAGUGCCAAGAGAGGGAGGUACUCACACGCCCUCUCUAAGACAUCGGCUCAAAUUCUUAACCCCUUCCUUUGCACGUCUGACCAUUUUCCUCCGGCAGAUGGCAACCUCGCGCGUGCAUACCAGACAUUGUUGACACAUAAAGCUGCUAUUAGGGGCCACUUUCAAAAUAAGCAUUUUGCCGUCACAGACAUGCAAGCCAUUGUUGACCUUGCUUUCCCACCUGUACCUGAAGGAGGGAGUCUUUGGCUUAACACGUUAGACAAACUAACAGCGGGAUACACUCUCUCCGUAGCAGACUUUAGAGGCAUUUUGUAUCGUUGUGUUUCCACACAAGAUGGCCAAAAUAUGGAACAACAAGCAGGAUUAUUGGCUGAAUCUUCGACUUCACCGGUAACACCGUACAUAAGAGGCAUAGCUACUGCUAUGCGCAGUCUGUUUCCUCUUCCGUGUCAAAAUACCACUCCUACAUAUCGGUGGAAAGAUGGUGAGUCACCUUAUGUAUUUAUAGACCAAGCUAAAGAGCAGUGGUCACGUGCUACAGGUGUGCAUCCCAGUAAAGAAGGGGAACACCGACAGUUUUUUAGACGAGCAGUACUUGACGCAAUGCCAACUGUGGUGAGACGCAGGAUGGAUGAUAACCCUGAUAUACACGGUGCCAAAAACAACACAUGGCAGGGACAUCUUAUUCAUCACAUGCAAAAUUGGACAGAGCAGGAUGCUGGUAGAGUAACAAGGAAACAACUACUUAAAUUACAGAUCGCUGAAGAUGAAAAUUUAAAAGAACCAAAAGGUCAAAGAUCAGCUAGCGUAUAUUCAGCAGUGGGUGACCUUGCUUUUGAGUCCCAGCAGGUGGAGGACACCAGACGUGUGACCAGACGGUUGGACUCGGGUGGUGGACACGGUGCUUUAAGGCCAAGACAGGGUGAAAACUGUUUCAUCUGUGACCAGCCGGGUCACUGGCAACGCGAAUGUCCUAACUCCUCUGAACGAGACAGGCUCCCAAUUGCAGCCAAAACAUCAUACAGGCAUGGCAAAGGACGCCCAAGGCAGAAGCCCCAGCAGGAAAUACAGACAGGCCCCCUGCUGGACAUAAGUGUCAACGGACAAUGUUAUCAGUUUGUGAUUGACACUGGUGCCACCCACUCAUUUCUGAAUGCAGAGGUACCAAAGAAACUGUGUGCUUCCUUUUUGAAGGUCGAAGGCUUCGCUGAGGUCACAAGAAUGUUACCGGUCACCAAACCUCUUCCGGUUCAGAUUGCUGGACACACACUGAAGCACCCCUUCAUGGUUGACCUGCACACACCUUGCCUAAUUGGUAAUGACCUCCUUUACAGACUGUACCCUGACAUUCAAUAUCGCACAGAAGGAACCUUCCUGGUGUUACCUGACGGCUCAACCACCAAGCUGCGACACCACUACCAAAGCUCCUCCAUGAGCUCAUACCACAGCCUGAAACACCAGAAAUGGCUGACAUCUCCAGCUGCUCUAUCAGUGAAAACCCUGGCUGACUGAGAUGCUUCUGUGUAUACCGCCACCCGACUCGCCUCAUGUUCAUGCCAGGAGGCCUUUGACUCCUUUAUAUUUAUAUAUGUUGGAACUCAAGGUGUGGCUGCUCAUGUUGACAUAUCUUUGCUACAACUAGCAUAGUAUAAGAUGGACACAAUUGCUGUCCCACAUUGUUCCCUUGCUCUUUUCCCCGCCUACAAAACCAAAGACUUAGGUCCAAUGAUAAAACACGGCGUAGCUGCCACUCAUUGCACCGACACCCAAAACCACAUUUUCCUCUUGUUUAAGUUUUCUGUUAAGCACAUAGCUAUAGGCUGCACUUUGGGCACCCCGGCUGUAGGCUACGAGGAGCUAGCAGCUACACAACAGCUGAGCUAAAACGACACAUUACAUUUAAGCAUAUCAAAAAAUUAUAGUUGCUUAUUACAUACACACAGUCGCCAUGACAGAAGUCUGAUAGAAAGUAUUCAGUAACAAACGUGUCCGCAUCAUUCGACUUCCUACAACAUGAGCUUGACUUAAUUUGUUAUUGUGGCCACCAGGCGUGGUGAAAUUUCAAAUUACUAUUGCGAAAAGCAUCCGCCAUAAGGUUAGUGUUUUUCUAGUAUUUGUGUCGAUUUAAAUAUAGGCAUAUUUUGAAGCUUUCACCAUAUUGAAUAAGGUACAUAAAAUUUAGGAUUUAGUUGAGUUUGAGCUAAGGGGUCCCCUACGCUAAUACCACCCUCCAGUGGUCCACAGAGACUGAAAUUACUUUCAUUGACCUCAAACAUGACCUGUCCUCCGCCCCUGCUCUUGCUGUACUUGACUAUUAGCUGACCUUUUUCUUAGAUGUUUCUGAAAGUGAUAGUAUUACUGACACAGUCUCUUUUUCAGAAACAGAAGGGGGAGGAGGUGAGGGUGGAUUCAGACUUUUGGAUUCAGACUCCGUACAACAAAAUAGCUUUAACAAUAUUCCUGUGGGGAAGAAGUUAUAACUAAAUUGUUGUAAGUUUGUAAAUUUAACUUGAAAAUAACGAUUUUGCACAUCAAUAGUAGUUUAGUAGAUCAAUUUGGAAUAUGGAGGAGGUGAGGGUGAACCGUGUAUAGUUUUUGACUUCAUUGAUAUGAUCAAUCCGGUGAAAGGGAAAAGCUACUUGCUGACUUGUGUUGACAAUCACAGUGGUUGGCCGGAAGCAACCCCAACCUCAAAAGAGGAUGCAAAAUCAGUAAUUAAAUGGCUUGUGAAUGACCUAAUUCCCCGACAUGGUUUCCCCAAAAAGAUUAGGUCAGACAAAACACCCAUUUUAAAAUUACUCACUUAGCCUUGGUCGAAAAUGCUCUUGGACUAGAACACAGGUUCGGUUUGGGGGUACCAUCUUCAGUCCCAAGGUAAGGUUGAAAGGAUGAACCAGAACAUCAAAAACGAAUUGGCUAAAAUCCGUGCACAGACCAAAUUGAAUUGGAUUGACAUGUUGCAAUUAGCGUUAAUGAUCAUUCGAAUGUCCGUGAAUAAAACUGUUUUACCGCCCUUUGAGUUUUUCACCCUAUGAACUGCAUACAGGUCAGCCCCUUCCCAGGAUCAACACCCCCCUGGAAGAAGGAAUCAGCGUAAAACCAAAAUGGUAUUUUACACAAAAUGCAGAAUUUGUGUGCCAGUUCUUCUGUACAGAUUCGGGGAUGACAGCCCGCCACUCCAGAUUCCCUUCCGUCCACUGAGAGGGUCAAGAUCAAGGUCAUCAAACGCAAGUGUACGGAGCCCAGGUGGAAUGGUCCCUUCAAGGUCGUGGUACGGACGUCCCACGCCCUUCGACUAGCUGGUACAGGGGACACCUGGUACCACCUCUACCUCCGCACUCCUGCGGAGGAGCCUGACACGGAAGGGGCCCAAAAGACGACGCUGAGAGACACCUCUCUCCGUUGAGCUGCCGUCUACCGUCGUGUAGAUCUUCCAGAUUUUCUACCUACAUUACUCUGAUCAACUUCAAUAUUGUAUACCAUUGAUUGUGAGACCAGUCCAUAUGCUAGAUGUUUCUUAGUUUUUCUUGCUUGCUUUCAGCAUACUAUUUGUGUCAUUACAUUAAGGGAAAAGUUUGAUGUUUAUCCCCGUCUCGUUACCUGAAUUACUCUGAUUUUGAUUUCUGAAAGGCAGGAUGUUAUACCCAGUAGGAUUCCCUGACGGACUGGUGUUUGGGCUUGCUCUACUGACCUUGUGUCUCAAUUCUUCCUUCCCGACGACAGUGACUGACAAGUGUCUUAGAACGUACGGCGGACUUGAAAUAGACUUGGUCAAGGGGGACAGCAAGACUUACUUUUUUUUACCUGUGCAGUGUGAUUAAGUGCGAGGGGAAAAUUAGUUCUUACCGUGCUAGUAACCUGUAUCUUUGUUACGACUCAAACCUGAACUAUUGGUGUCGGAUGCGGACAACAUACUCUGGUAAGUGGUGCCCCUUAUGGAAGCAGGUAACCCACUACACAGGGCCCUUAGACUACCAUGACCCUUUAUAUGCCAACAUACCUCCACAAUUCAAAGUUAUUCUGAGAGGGAUGACCUUUCAGAGGAACUUUGAUCGGUCCCAGAACCCCCUUUCCCUUACAAUUGCCAGAACAGGUGUUAUACCUAGUCCCUUUUAUGUUGUUUUGGGGGUUGACCAGAAAGGUACAGACCCUAAAGGAAUUAUUAAAAUUAAUGUCCUUGAGAGGGCGUUAACUACCUCUGCCCCCUUGAAGACCUGGUAGCUUUGACCUUAGGAGCAGGUGCAGGCAACCUGUGGCUUAGGUGGAUGACUAGCAUGGCUAAGAGCCAAGACCUGGGUGACUGUGUUACAUAAAUUGUGGUGUAAAUCCUGUGCAGGUUUCGAGAACCUUCCUAUAAUUGGUGCUAUUUUCCCUGUGACUGCUACUAAAAAUGUAGAACGCAUUAACUAUGUUUUUUAUAAUCUGUUGAGACUGACCAACCUGACUCGUGAUGCUGUUGAGGGGCUUGCUGAACAACCUGGGUUUGCUAUGUCACUGAAGGGGGUCAGGCAAAGUGGUGACUUUCGAGAAAUACUAGUUUCCUUCCCUGUAUGAGUGACGACAUUGACAUAGAUUCCAUCCGUUUAUCUCCCAUGUAACUAUGCUUUUAAUUUUUUACUAGCUUGCUCAAAGAGGGGCGUAUUUUAGAAGUGUUGUACUAGUGAUAAAGAUCUUUUUAGAAGAUCUGAAGGGGGAAUUGUCGGAGGCAGAUAUUUACAUAUAUCCGAAUUUAAGUUGUACUUCUAUUUCUUUGUCAUAUUUGAAAACAGCUCAUGUUUUCCAUUUCUUCUCUUGAUGCUCUGUCAGCAAGUAUACUGUGUGUGUUAACCUUGAGUUCUUUGGAAUGUAUUAUGGCUAGGGAGACGUUGUGCUUGUAUUAUGGCUAGGGAGGGGGAAGGAAAGAAGGGGUUUUUGGCGUUGGGAGGACAGACCAUUUUGGGAGGCGCGAUAGAAUGUUCUAGGGUUAGACUGGUCUCAAAAUGUAUAUUGGGAAAGCUUUGAAAAUAUACCACAAAAUACCUAUUCUGUCUCUGGUGG